GCCUCCCGGGAACAGGGGCAGCGACGAGGGACCCCCAGUAAAUUACCCCCUGCAGCAGGGCUCGGUGGAGCCCGAGGGCUCUGCCAGGGGUCUGGGGGGAAACGGAGGGCCGGGAAACCCCCGCCUUGCUGCUGCAGGGUCUGCGGGCCGCUUCCCGCCCUGAAACUCCCUGAGCUACCUUAGAAAGGCCUGACCGCGAGAGAAGCCCGGCUUGUCCCCCUACUUGGGUUGUUGCAGCCUUUGGACAAGCUACGUUGGAGUGUCUGCUCUAUUUCAGUCACUUCUCACCGGGAUUGAAAACCUAGAAUGGCAGGAGAACAGAAGCCGUCCUGCAAUCUUCUAGAGCAGUUCAUUUUACUAGCCAAAGGAACAAGUGGCUCAGCUCUGACUGCUCUUAUAAAUCAAGUGCUGGAAGCUCCUGGGGUUUAUGUCUUCGGAGAGCUGUUGGAGUUAACAAAUGUGAAAGAGCUUGCUGAGGGGUCUAAUGCUGCUUAUUUCCAGCUGCUGAACCUGUUUGCAUAUGGAACGUACCGGGACUAUGUAGCAAACAAAGAUAACCUGCCUGAAUUAACAGUGACUCAGAAAAACAAGCUGAAACACUUGACGAUCGUAAGCCUGGCUUCCCGAAUGAAGUGCAUUCCCUAUUCUGUGUUGCUGAAGGACCUGGAUAUGAGGAAUCUGAGGGAGCUGGAAGAUCUCAUUAUUGAAGCGGUUUACACAGACAUUAUCCAAGGGAAGCUGGAUCAACGAAACCAGGUGUUAGAGGUGGAUUUUUGUAUCGGCAGAGACAUUCAGAGGAAGGACAUCAGUAACAUUGUCAAAACACUCCAGGAAUGGUGUGAUGGCUGUGAAGCAGUUCUUUUAGGAAUUGAGCAGCAAGUACUUAGAGCCAACCAGUACAAAGAGAACCACCACCGAACUCAGCAGCAGGUAGAGAUGGAGGUCACAAACAUAAAGAAAACAUUAAAAGCUACAGCCUCGUCGUCGGCACAGGAGAUGGAACAGCAGCUGGUAGAGCGAGAGUGCCCUCCACACACAGAACAAAGGCAGCCCACAAAGAAGAUGUCCAAAGUCAAAGGGCUGGUCUCCAGCCGUCACUAGAACGUACCAUCUAAAUGUCAGCUGGUUAGGAGUGACAACAGGAGGAGCAAAACGGGCCUGUGUCUCCUUUUUCAGUGGGUUCUGGGCCAGUCCCUUCCCGGCUGGCAAGUAAAAGCCCUGUUUGAACAGCUCCCAAUUAGCAGCACCUGGCUAAGUUACACUGUGCAGCUCCUAUGAGUUUUCAGGGUGUCUCUGUUCUAGUCCUGUCAAGAGGGACUUUUAAAGAAAGGGACUAACCAAAAGGGGCAUGAAAAAACCAAAAUAUCUGUUGACUGUUUUGCUCCCUCCCAGCUAGUUCAUUGCUGCUUAACCUUGAGGAAGCUGCUGUACUAAAUCAGAUCAUGGGAGAACUUCUAUAGCAAGCAUCUGAAUCCCAGGGUUGAAGUGUGGCUACCAAAGCCAGGCUGGGAGCGAGGAAGCCAUCAACACAGAUCUUUUCAUUCCCAAAGGGAGCGCAGGAAGGUUUUCUAGGUCAGGAACUGCUUUACAUGGAAGUCUUCAGCCUUUCCGCUACCCCUGUCUAUUUUAAACUGGGGUGAAAUUCACACUACCUCUCUCUGUGAAGAUGAGUUCCAGUGCUGGGCUGUUUACUUAACUGUCUGUUUACUGCCCUUACUAAGCCCUUUAAUCUCUCACAGAUUUAAAGCACUGUUCUGCAUCUCUGAGGCAUCAGUACAAUACGGAGGAAGAAGGCUGCUCUUCCACACAGACCUCGCAGGUGGUUAGGGGCAUGCUAGAAACUAUUCCUCCUGAAUGUGAUGUGACCUCCCAGAGCUGCUUGUGAGUUGUUUCCCCCAUUGAUACCUUUAAAGGGUAAUGCAUUCACUCUUCCUUGGAUGCUGGCGACAGUGGGAGAGGAGCCUGUUUGGCAUCGAGGCAGGCUGGUGGCCCAGGACCCACUGGCAGGGGUCGCAGCAGCAUCCCCUUGCUGAAGCAAUGGACUUGACUAGUCUUUCUGAAUUUUGAACACUUUCAGGUUGUAUUUUCCUCCUUUUUUUUUUUUUUUUUUUGUACAUUGUUGUGAUUCUAAAGCAUUUCAGCCUUUGUUUCAUGGGUUAUUUUUUUUAUUUGUUACAACCUUACUUCAGGUGAUUUGCACCUAGUUUGGCAGGGUGUGGGGUUUUUUUUUAAGGGGGAAGCAUUGGAACAGUAAUUCAUAAAAAAAGCACAUUUUAGAAAAAAAAUUAAAAAUGCUGAUUUAAUCUCAGAGUCUGGAGUCUUGACUUCGAGGCUGUUUUAGGCUUGUUGUCCAAUGGCACUUGUUCACUUGCGCAUUUAUUUGAUUUGUGGUGUAAGUUGACUGAAGAUCUGACUGAUCUUUCUGAUGCAUCUGGGAGACAGGGAAGCCUCUUCAUGUUUUGUCAGUAGUUCAUCUU